AUGCCCAAGGGAAAAGGUCCACAAGGGAAAAGGAUCACCUUGAAAGUGGCCAAAAAUGCAGUCCGGGUACUUUUUAAUGGAAGGCGCCGUCUUGAGUUAAGCAAAAUGGGCAUUGCCGUCUUCCCCAAGUGCCUUCUGGAGCUGGCUGAUGUGGAGGAAAUUGAUUUGAGCAGAAACAUGUUAAGAAAGAUUCCAAACAUCAUUGAGAAGUUCCAGAAUCUGAUGUGGCUGGACCUGCAUAGUAAUCAGAUUGAUGAGCUGCCUGCAGAAAUAGGCACGCUUCAGAACCUUACUUACCUGAAUUUGUGCAACAACAAGUUGACCACAAAAGGUCUACCAGAAGAGUUGACCCGUCUCAAGAACCUGCGUACUCUCAACCUUGGCUUAAACUGUCUUGAGACUAUUCCCACCACUCUUGGGGCCCUGAGGGAACUUAUUGAACUAGGGCUCUUUGACAACUCCUUGACCAUCAUCCCGAAGAGUGUGAAAAAACUCCCCAAGCUUGAGAGGCUGAAUGUAAAAAGAAACCCUUUACCAGAAUUUGCAAAGGAAGACGAGCCAAUUGACACCGUUAAACGCAUAGAAUCACUUUACUUAGUAGAAAAGAAAGAUCUGUGCAAUUCCUGCCUGCAGACGUGUCAGGGUGAGAGGGAUGAGCUGCACAAGUUAGAGGAUGUGACACCCGGCCCCUCAGAUAAGCCAAGUUUCUCUUCACUCACUACACCCAAUUCCACUGCAAUUGAUAACCAAGAAGAAUGGAGAAUGAAAGAUGAAAAUCUGGAAAAUACACCAGGGCAGUCUACAGACGAUGUUCCAUGAAGUCCAACCCAAGCAAAUAAAAAGUGGACUACCCUCCUCCUCUGUUUUCCUGGAGUUCUGCUUCUUUAAAGAUCAGUUUCAUUUUAGAAGCAGAUGUCUGUGGUCUUUAGAAUGAAAACCAGAACAAAACCAGACGUGUAUUUGGAAAAGGCUGUUUACAUCUGGGCCUGUCCUUACAACAUGUUUGGACUUUUUGGGGUCUGUUGUGUGUGCAAUGCCCAGUGAAAGGAUCUUUUAAACAACAGGUUUUUCUAGUAAAUCCAUUCU